AGUUUCGUUUUUCGUUGAGUCAUUGAAUAUUGAAAUUGAAACUAAAAACGAGUUUCGUUCGAUAUUUAAUCGCGUUUCUUUAUCAAUGAGCUUGUUUACUGCAAAAUAAUCGCUGAUGAUAUUUUAUUUUUCGUUGAAAAGCCGGCAUGGCAACGGUGUGAAUAAUUUAUUUGUUCGAGCAAAUUUCAGAGGAUGACUUCACUUUAUGGACCUUUUUCCCUCUCUCGGCAAAUAUCACAAGAAGAAAAAAAGAAGCACGAGAGAAAUUAAUGAGAAAUGCUCGAAUAUUUAUGCUCGCAAAUAUAUGUUUAUGAAGUGGAACUGAUCAACAUCAAGAAAGGAAAGGAAAAUAUUAUAAAGCUCUCCCUUAUCAGCAGAGACUUACAACAUAGUUUGGUUGACGAUUGUAUAAAAGAGCUAAGGAGAAUAAAAAUGUAUUAGUGUAUGCAGUGUGCCUAAGAGACUUCGACUGUUCGUUCUUUCAUUGAUAUACAUUUACUACACAUUUAAAUUCUUAUUCAGUUGUAAUUAGGAGUUACAAAGUGUCGCACCAUUUGCUUAUUUUUUUACUUUGUUUUCGCGGGAAUAUUUUUCUGUUCUUGUGAAAUGAUUUAAGCGACAUUUGAAGUCGAAAUAAAACAGAAGAAAGAAAUAAAUUUUUAGUGAUUAUGUGACAAUCGAGGAAAUAAAAUUAAAAUAAUCGUUACAAGAAGUACUUAAAAGUGGGUCAGAACCACACGACUAUGAAGUUAACAAAACGAUAGAAGCGAAAUAAACUUUUUUUUUACCUAAUUUUGAUUUAUUUUUGUGUUAUUUUGGUGUCUUUGAUUGAUUACUUUUAUUUAAAUUUACAAAUUAGUUUAAUUUUAAUUUCGAAAAAUCUCGCGACCAAAUUAAAACAUUGAGUGAGCUCCAUUUAAAACAAUUAAUAAUAAUAAUUGGAAGAAAUACGACGAGAUGACGCACGCACCAACAAGCAAACGUCAAGAACAGAAUGGAGAAGAAUCACCACCUCGUCCUCAACAUCCCGACAUCGAUGGCGGUUGGGGUUGGUGGGUGGUUUUUGCAAGCUUCAUGAUCCACAUUGUCACCGAUGGCGUCACUUACACACUUGGAAUAUUUUAUGUGGAAUUUUUGGAUUUUUUCAAGUCAGGAAAAGCUGAAACGUCUUGGAUCGCAUCGAUCCUUGUAGGAGUCACAUUAUGUUCAGGUCCAAUUUCAUCAGGGUUUGUAAAUAAAUAUGGAUGUCGAGCUGUGACGAUAGCGGGAACUGUAAUAGCAGGAGUUUGCCUCAUUCUCAGCGUGUUUGCAAAAAAUGUCUACACGUUGUAUAUAACCAUCGGCUUUGGUACCGGUUUUGGUUUCGGAAUGAUUUAUCUUCCUGCUAUUGUUAGUGUGACGAUGUAUUUUGAAAAACUUCGUUCCCUUGCAACUGGAAUUGCAGUCUGUGGAUCAGGAUUUGGAACUGUUGUGUUUGCUCCACUCACAAAUUAUCUGAUUACAAAUUACAAAUGGCAAGGAUCACUUUUAGUCAUUUCUGGAAUUGUCUUCUUCUGUGCUGUCUUUGGAUACAUGUUUAAGCCAUUGAAUCUCGAUGAGAAUGUGUCACAGCCAUCGCCAUCUGUGAGUGGAAUUAAUAAUAAUAAUAACAACAAUCAUCUGAAGAAAACUGAUGAAGAUGACGUCAACAGAAGUCUGUUGGCGCCUCCAAAUAACCAGCAGUUUACGAGAUCACGAAGUAUUGGUUUUGAUAUGGAAAAAAUUAAUCCAAUGAAUGGAAAUAUUGAGACAAGUUCAGAGGAAAAGACUCGAUUAUCAUUAAGUUUAAGUCAACCUUUAUUAACGACGGACUCAGACGAUCCAAAAGCAGCUAACAAUUCUUUAACUCAUCGCAACUCAAUGAAAUCAUCUGGCAGUGGAUAUUUAGAUCGACCUGAUGCUUUCUACACUGGAUCAUUACACAACAUUUCAAAACAUCGAUCAACAACUUCAAUUCAUUCCGAUGGUGAUCGAUACGGUUCAUUGAAACGUCGUGAAAAUAAUCAAGAAGUUGAUGAGAAACAUGAGAUGUGUUGCAUUUCUUGUUCACCCGAAACUCAUGAUACUUUGAAGAAAAUGAUGAGCUUUUCAUUAUUAAAAGAUCCAAUUUUCAUUCUCUUUGUUGUUUCAAAUUUCUUGACGAGCAUUGGUUUUAACAUGCCUUACGUUUACAUCGCAGCACAAGCAGAAGCUUUAGAUAUAACAAAGAGCAAUGCAAGUUAUUUAAUUGCAACAAUUGGUGCUGCAAAUACAAUUGGAAGAAUUAUCCUUGGAUAUGUGUCGGAUAAGCCUUGGGUGAACAGACUUCAUGUUUAUAACAUGUGCUUGACAGUUUGUGGCAUUGCAACAGCUUUGUCUGCUUUCUGUACGGGAUUUUGGGGACUUGCAAUUUAUUCAAGUGUCUUCGGAUUUACAAUUGGUGCUUAUGUUGGCUUGACAUCCGUCAUUUUAGUAGAUUUAUUGGGAUUAGAUAACUUAACUAAUGCUUUUGGCUUACUUCUACUCUUCCAAGGAAUUGCUUCAUUUAUUGGUCCACCUAUUGGAGGUGCACUUUAUGACUACACAGGAAAAUAUGAACCCGCGUUUAUUCUUGCUGGUAUUGCCAUUGCAUUCAGCGGCAUUAUUUUGUACUUUAUUCCACCCUUGCAACGAUACUUAGGCGAACGAGAAGCUGGAAGAGUUAACUUAUCAGUGGUGCCAUUAUAAAAAUUUAUAACUUUCUUCUAGAUAGAUAAAUUAAAAGACUUAAGCCUUGAAUUUAACAGUUAAAAAAACCAAACAAACAACAAAUGCGACUAAUGUUGAUAGUACUUCAAAUUCUAUUUUUUAUUAAAAAAGAAAACGAGAGAACGAAACAAGAUACUUAUGGUUUAAGCAUAUCAUAAAUCAUGAUGACAGAGAAAAAAAGAAAGAAAAAGAUUAACGAAUAGAUAAUUUUAUUGAAAAUAUAAAAAACAAAAAAGCACAAAAAAUGGAAAAAUGGUGCUCAAAACAUGAUGAUGUAAAAAUUUGAUUCAAUUGUGAUUUCAAUAUCAAUUUAUGUUCAUAAGUUUUCGUGGGCAGAAGUUACACAAUAGUUAGGAAGUUUGAAUUAUCAAAAAUAUGUAAAACAGGGUUGAAAAUUUAUGAAUUAUUGGGCAUAAAUGAAGAAGAUUUUUCUUUAAACCCUGAGAGGAUGACCUAGUUUAAGUAGGAUAUUUUACUUCUGCCACUUUCAUUAAAAUAAUUCUUGAUUAUAAUAAUUUAAAAUUUACGAUUCAUUUUAAUAUUAGACAAUUUUAUGUUCCGUUUCUAUAAUUUAAUAAAACUUUUUUCUAUUUAUAAAUGGAAAA